AGCUAGAUCUUCGUCUUCAACAUUGCAAAUUGAUCCCCGUUCAUAUAGCAAAUGGUCACCCCAAAGGUGUGAAACUGAGAACACAAAUGGUGUUGCCCGCGACAAACAUUGUAAGCACUGCUUACGCAUUUUGUGUUCUCAGGUCACCCCUUUGGGGCACCUUGCUUACAUGCACUUCGUAUCUGAGUUCAAGAUAUUCAAUUCAAUGAUACAGCUCAAGUACAAUCUAAUGUGGUUUAUAUAAUGCUGACACUCUAAAAAUCUUAUUGUGCAUUUUAAAUUUUUUUAUUUAGAAUAAAAAUUGAUUUAUAAGUGCACGAUAAGAUUUUGGAGUCCUGAUAAUAGAUUUUUUUAUUGAUAUAUUGUUUUUAUUUUUAUUUAUCUUGUUUAAGUUGGAACUGAGUCGGUUUGAUUUUUUGUCAAAAUAAAGAAUUAUAGGGAAAUUACUAUUCGGUUUGAUUUGGUUUUUUGUUCGGUUUAACAUAUAUGACAAAUUGGUACAUCACUAUGUCCAUGCCACCGCUGACUGGAACGACCGUCACACUAUCACCGGGAAGGGCUGUAAAAUCCCCAAAGCCCUAACUCCCAUCUUGCUCCGUAUAGUUCGCCGUGGACAUGGAGAUCGAUCAUCCAACGCCGUCCGAGCUGAAACUCAAAGCCGAAGAUCUCUUCAAAGCCGCCGAGACCGGUGAUUCUUUGGCGUUCAAAUCUCUCUCAGUGAAACAGCUCGCCGAAGCUUUCUCUCUCAGGAACGAGGACGCCCGCUCCCUCCUCCACGUCGCUGUCUCUUCAGGUCGCUCCGAGGUGAUGAAGCUGCUGAUUGAUGCUGAUGAAUCAACGAGUGUGAUAAACAGCACGGAUGAAGAUGGAUGGGCGCCGCUUCAUUCUGCGGCCAGCAUUGGGAAUUCAGAAAUAGUUGAGCUGUUGCUAAGCAAAGGAGCUGAUGUUAAUUUAAAAAACAAUGGCGGUCGAUCUGCCCUUCAUUAUGCUGCCAGUAAGGGAUGGUUUGAGGUUGCUCAGAGUUUGAUCUCCCAUGGGGCAAAGGUUAAUCUGAAGGACAAGGUUGGUUGCACCCCAUUGCACCGGGCAGCUAGCACUGCAAAAUCACAACUGUGUGAGCUUUUAAUUGAGGAAGGGGCAGAGGUUGAUGCUAUUGAUAGAGCUGGUCAGACUCCUCUUAUGGGUGCGGUGAUUUGCGAUAACAAAGAGGUUUGUCUCCUUCUAAUAAGGCACGGAGCGGACGUGGACGUGGAAGACAAGGAAGGAUACACGGUGCUUGGUCGAGCUUCUAAAGAAUUUAGACCACUUUUGAUCGACGCUGCUAAGGCCAUGAUUGAAGGAUGAUUUUCUCGAUUUGCUUUGUUUUUUGUGGAAGCAAACUGCACGAGUGAUGUUUAAAUAGCCACUCAGAAACAAAGAGGAAAUAGGAAUUUUGCGUGCUGUUUAACCAAAGGAUUUCUUGCAGGCUAUCGACAAUUUCGGUUUCACUAUUUCAGUACUCCUCCCACAUGUUGACCUACUCUCAGAAAAAAAUGAAAAUUUGAAUGAUCUAUUUUUUGGUAAA